GACCAAUUGACCUGUCUCUCCUCGUUUGACAAUGUUCGAAAGCAGAAUCACCCCCAGACUAGACGUCAAACCAUGCGCGGUCCAUGAAACCGUCUCCAGAUCGACGGCAACCAAUAACAUAGUCGACAUCAGCUCCGAGAACAUAGAAACCGAGCUCCGAAGUUCUUUACAAGAUAGCAUCCAAGCAGCAUGUCACGGGGAAGCUGCUAUGCCCGACCUCCUCCUAUGGGAUAAGAAGGGAUUGCAACACUUUGAAGAUGUGACCUAUACGCCGUCAUACUAUCUGACAAAUGAGGAGAUUGGUAUCCUGGAAGAGAAGAAAUAUCAGAUCGCGCAGUGUAUUCAACCGGGGAGUAUGCUUAUUGAAUUGGGGAGUGGCAACCUACGCAAAAUCAAAAUCCUCCUCGAAGCCUUAGACGAUCUUGGCCGCAAUGUAGACUACUUCGCCCUCGAUGUCUCUCUCGCCGAACUCCAGCGCACUCUCAACAUGGUCCCGCCGGGUACAUUCCGACACAUCCGCUGCUUUGGACUUUUGGGUACCUACGAUGACGGCCGACGGUGGCUGCAGCUUUCCGAGUUCAAAUCGCGCCCGAAGGUCCUUAUAUCGCUUGGGUCUACCGUGGGAAGCAUAGAGCGAUCCAAGACUGCGGGGUUUUUGUCAAGUUUCAUGGAGCCCGAAGAAUCGAAUCGAUCUUUCCUGCUUGGCCUGGACGGAUGCAAAGAUAGAGAACGAGUAUUAGCAGCGUACAAUGACAAGCACGGUAAUAAUCACAAAUUUAUCAAAAAUGGACUGGAAAGGGCGAAUGAAAUCCUUGGCCAUGAAGCCUUCGACCUUAAAAAAUGGGAUGUUGUUGGAUCUUGGAAUUGGGAGAACGGGAGCCAUGACCAGUACUAUUAUCCCAAGACAAAUGUGUCGCUAGGUGGGGAGGAAUUUCCAACAGGAAGGAGGAUAUUGGCUAUCCAGAGCCAUAAAUAUGAUGCGAAUGACACCCAUACGCUGCUGGAACAGGCUGGAUUGGGCGUUGUUGAUGCGUGGGGUUCGCGGAAUCAGUAUAACCUUCUUUUCUUGAAAUGUACAUGAAAUUGUACAGUAUUUUCAUGAUAUGUCGCCAUGUCUAUAUAGCCCGACACCUUAUUGGGUAUAAUAUUUGUACUUGGCAAUUACUUUCCUGUACUACCUGUUCAAUGUAAUGGAAUGUGCC